UAUGAUUUGUACAUUUAAAGUGGUAAUGUUCGAGAUAUACAUCAUGUUAUUCACAAAUCAGAUAUUGGCUCUGUCGCAACAAACUGAAUUCCUCAAUGCCACUAUUGGAGAAAAUGUGUUAUUUUCUACAAACUUAACAAUCACUAUGGUACAAUCUAUACAGUGGAAGUACAAUUGUGAGGGAAAUCAAAUCAAUAUCGCAAUGUCUACCUUUCCGGAACAAAACUUCACUGACGUCUUUCAAAGUUACAGCAAUCGAGCAAAAGUUUUUAGUAAUGGCUCAUUUUUAUUGUCAAAUGUUCAACCAAAUGAUACAGGAUGUUAUACAAUGAUACUGGUAAAUACUGCAGGCAAAGAGGUGACAAUAAAGAAAAUAUUGUCAGUCUUUGAAGCAGAACAAAAGGAACUGCAUAAGAUUAAAAAUAGAGCAAAUACUUCAGAAAGUAUUGACAACACAACCUGGAAUGUCCAUGGCAUUGCGAUUGGUGUCUCUGUGCUUGGAAUUUGUGUAAUCUGCGUAGUAGUUAUAUAUUUCAUAAAGAGAAAGAAACAAGAAAGUAUGGAAGCUGGUGUGAAGAGCAAUGAGAAUUUAAAUAGCAACACUCCAAUGGUCGUUUAUUCAACUUAUGUAGGAACAUUUGCUAACUAUGGGAAGUCACGUCAAAAUACUUGGGAUCAAACGUGACAAGAACUUUGUUGUGCAAUUUGUUUGAUAAACUUGUUGAUGUUAUUUAAAACAAACAGUGGAACCUCAAUCAUCUACACUCCCGAUGUACACCUUCUUCAUUAUUCACAAGAAGUUUUGGCAAGGACAAACGCCAUGGAAAUAGCUAAAACACUGGAUCCCCUCGUACCCACAUUCUGGUGGAUCCAUCACACUCCUGGAUCUUCCCUGCUGUCAAACUGCCCGGUUCCAGUAUCACAUUCUUAUCUUCAGUAAUUCUGUUAGUAAUAGUCACAGCAUUGAGCUUUGUGCAGUUUGUCUGUUUAAAUGGAGCUAGAAUUUAAUGGGCUCCUGGUUGGUUAGCAGGCCACACAUGAUGGAGGGUUAGUUUAAAGCUAACACACCUAGCAGAAAAACUGACGUGACCAUAUUAACACCCCCAUUCGCAAUCUCCUAAGAUGUCAAUGUUAAGUAAAUUCAGGAGAUAUGUAGAACAACCAGCUGAUCUGACCACAUCAGUUGGGUUAAGGUUCCCCCAUGUUGAAACCAACACUACCUAAUACAAUCACAAGCCAGCUUUAUGUUCAUAUCCACCAAGCAAGUCAAUUAAACAGGCAAGCCAUGCAUUGAUAAUAAAGCUGCUGACCGUACACUGCUAAUUUUAACCCUUUAGUUCAAGAUCUUAUGGUUAACAGAGACCAGAUUUUGCUCAUUUUCUAGAUCACUGGUGGAUUCAAUAGGUGCAGGGACGGGACAGAAUUGGAGCUAACAACUAUAUUGCAAAAUAAACUCAGAAAUGGGAAGACCUUUUGCGGAGGUCAGUGAUAACUAAGAAACAACACAUUCAAAUUCAAAUCAGUUUUAAUUGCAGGAAUCUCAAAUCUGUGCUGAUUUCUUCUACCUGCCCUUUAUGCAAGAGAAUCAAAUGUUUGCAAACUUCUGUGAUACCAAUUCAUUGCACAUCAUUAAAAAGGAAGUGGCCUGGAUGUUCCAACAGCCAGAGAAUCAGAGGAGACUGGAGUUACACAUUGAUAACCUGCAAAAUCCUAGACACAGCAGACACUCUGGGAACUGCCCAGACAAUUGAAGACAUGGGCAGAUCCCCUGAAUCUUGAAAAUUCUGAAAUAGCCCUCAGUUUCCAAGAGUUCAGAGGGGUCAGCUUCCUUUAAGUUGAUAGUUACCCAGGAAAAGUUUGAGAAUUAAAAACCAAAUGUAACCCCUUGGUAACUAUUAAAUCCCCAAACUAUACCUCCAAACUAUAUUUCAGAAGGAGCCAGUAUUGGUAUUCACAUCUAGAAAUGUGGAGCUCAAUAUUAACAAAAAAAAAGUUAAUAGACUAUGAUCACCACUUCUUGAAUCUCCAGUUGUUCCUAAACUGAUCAGAUUUACAGUACUAAUAAAGAUAUUUACAGAAUUAUCAUCUAUUUUAGUUUGUGCAUAUGGUUAUUAAACAUAAUUUAAGAUGCAAUUGUUGGAGCAUUGAGGUGACUGUGGUAUAAAAACAGCAAGUGCUGGAAAAAAACACAGAUGGUAAGAAAGCAUCUAUGUCGAGAGAGAAAAACAGAGUUAACAUUUUGAGGAUAUGACCUUUCUUCCAGUUCUAAUAACGAGCACUAAUCGGCUGAGUUAUUUUUUUCCAGCAUUUUCUGUUUUUAAGUCUUCAGCAUCCACUUUUCAGAUGUAAUUCUGGUCCUGGACUUCUUGCCUGAAGCUGUUCUUCCUAACAACAUAUUUGCCAAGUUAUUGGUAUCAAAUUUUUCCAAGAUAUGAGUGUCUUAAAACUGGGCUGCAUGAAUAUUCGCAUGGAGAUACUCAACAUUUGAAACUCAUUUUUGUUUUUGUCAGCUAUUUUGCUGAAGUUACUAACCCUUCCGUUUUUGACAGUUUAGUGACUCUCUUAAAGUGCUGACAGGGGAAUUUGAUGUAAAAAGCUUAACCGUCAGCAUAUAAAAUGUCAACUCCUAAUUUCAAGGAAAAUGAUCAUUAAAUGUUCUGUGAGUUCUCUUGGUUUUCUAACACUGUUUACCGUUAAGCUUUUUGAAAUUGAAAGUGCAACCCUGUGUUUUAAUGUGCAUUUUGGUUUACUAAUCUUCCAUAUUUUAUGCAAUUGUGAAGAUAUUUAUGCUCAAUAAAACCUGGACAGUUUUGACAAAGUUAUUCCUUCCUUUGUAAUUUUUACUUCCACUUCACAAAAUUGAGAUCAAAAAUUCCCUAUGGAACAGAAAUGACUUCUUUGCAGUCUUGACUGAAUUCUGAUAAUUUGGGAUUUUUUAAAGUGAUUACAUUGAAUUAAAACCUUGCUAUUUAUAUAUAAAUUAAAUUGUUUUGAUUUUGAUGCACAUUAAGCUGGUAUUUAAUAAACAAAACUUUCAUUC